AUGUCCAACGCGAAUACCACCACCACCACCGGCAUCAAAACCCCAUACUGCUUCCGCUGUCAACAGCACCCUGACCUCGACGACCCACCCCUCAAGCGCUGUGGGAGUUGCCACUCACGAAGAUACUGCUCGCGGGAAUGCCAGCGGAACGACUGGCCACGGCACAGGGACGAAUGUUGUCUCCUGGCUCAGGGCAAACCGGUCCCCAACCGUCAACGCACGACGAUGCGCCUCAACUGGCAUCCCUGGGGCGGGCCGGGCCCAGACACAAUCUGCUACCUCAAGACCAGCCGUCCUCACCUCAAAGACGUGUCUCUCUCGGGCCCCUAUUACCCAUUCGACAGGGUCUUUGGUCAAAUGUUCCACCACAUGGCGGCGAACCACAGUCCUGACGGCCACAACACCCUCACGGAGAUGCUCAUGGCCGGGACCGCAAACUCCCUCCAACGCCUCAACGCUCCCUUGGAGGACGGAAACGUGAUGCACUUCGAGCUGAUCCGUGAGGAGAACCCAGAAGUCGCCAGACGCCUUCCCGGUGAGGUAUGGUGUGUCUUUGUGGCCACCCCUCAUCCCGACAUGUAUUCACGCACCGAACGCCGCCCAGAGGGGUUCAUAGAGGCGAGCGACAUGGAAGUGCGAGGCACGUUCACGACCGGCGAAGCAGCCAAUGUCGCGGCCAUCGAGAUCCUGGAAAAAUUGAAAGCUGAAGCUGGACCUCAGGCAGGAAUCGCGAGACAGGACGCGGACGGGUUGGUCAAAGGUGGUGUUUACACUCGUCAAGGGGGUACCCUAUCAAUCAAACUGGUCGAAGCCAGACACGAGACUGGAAGCGUAACGAAUGUGAGAGCAGGUUGA